AUGAACACACACAAUGACGACGGGGACGACUUGACUUUCGUUCACCGGCGCUUCGGGUCUACUCUCAAGAUAUCCGAGCCGUGUGCCAUUGAUAAACUAUUCGACGAUAAUCUCACGGACAUCUUCUUGCACCUGGACCCCUGCAGUAAAGAAGAUCACAAGGAAACACGUAAGGGGUGGCACUCUGUGCCAGCUGUCUGUAGACGCUGGCGAAGACUUGCGCUGUCACUCCCUCAAUUCUGGUCUUCGCUCCUAUUCACGAAUCCGGAUCUGACGGAUGUCAUGUUAGAGAGGUCGCAACAUGCUCCUCUUCACGUCGUCUUCCCCGGGCCCGAGAGCUGGUAUAGCGAUGGCUCACAAGUACUACCUGUGAUUGAGCACCUGGACCGCGUCGCGUUCAUCAGCCUCUCGUCGUUUGUGGACACCCUUCACAUCUUCACGCAGGCUGCGUGUCGUCCUGCACCCAUCCUACGAACGUGUAUACUCCGCCGAGUACGGAUGCCCGCUGCGGAGGGUCUCGGUCUUCCUCCCGACUUCCUUGGGGGCAAUGCACCACAACUCGAGACGCUCAUCCUUCGCGGUUGUUGCCUGCCUUGGACAAGCCCGUUGCUUCACGGAGGCAUCACUACUCUCCAUCUUCAAAGCCUACAGACGACAAGCAAAUGUGGGAUCAAUGCUAUGCUCGAUGCGCUAUCCCAUAUGCACAACCUCAAGGACUUGCGCCUCAGCCCCGCUUCUCCGUACUGGCGCGGGUUCGUCGAAGACGUCGAAAGUGCGAAUGGUCGCAGUGUCACCCUACCGCACAUCGUCACGCUUUAUUUAACGGGAACGCCGCUUGACAUUUGUGGCCUUCUACCACUUUUGGCGCUACCGUACGAUGCUUCGACGCAUCUCUCGCUCAUCUUCUCGAAUGAGGCUAUCAUCAAACUUCUCGCGCCACCGCCUACGCACGGCGGCCUCGCUGUCUUCGACCGCCUCCACGCGAACCUCGCCCGGCAUUUUGCGUCACGCAUAUCCUCUCCGGACCCAGGACGCGCCACGAAGCAGCCGCAACCUGGAUUGCUCGAAUUACACGGGAAAUGGCCGCAUACAUACGCGCUGCGUGCUACCUCUGCUCCCACUCCGGAUAGUGUAUUCAACGUCUCGACGAGUGCUUACGAAUCAUUUUCCUUUCCUGAACCCGCACCGCCAGAAGGGUUCACGUUCACCAUGGCACUACUCGCCCCAGGACACGCUGAACCCGAGCUUCCGCCUCUAUCGAUGGCGUGCGAACCACUCGUGCGCGCUUACCCGCUUGAGAUGAGCGCCCUCGAGACACUUCUUCUUACUCCGCACGCCCGACUACACGCGGACGCGUGGUGUGAUAUCGCGAUCAGGGCGCGCUCUGUACGACGACUGGUCAUCGAAGCCCUGAGCGCCGAAGCCGCGGAGUUACUUGCUCUUGUUCAACCUGAAGUGCGAGAUCACAUUGGGGAGACGGAGGUGGAAGGGGCACCGGAGUUCUUCCCUGCGCUCACGCAUCUAUCGCUGGUGAAGACAGAUCUCAAGGCCCUCGCCGGGCGAUGGCGCCGCCGUCUACGCGUGCUGCGCCUGCAGCGAUGCUGGAAUGUCGCAGACGAAGUCCGGCACCUGAGAACACAUGUCGAGACGGUGAUCUGGGAGGAGUCAGAUUCGCGAGACAGGAUACAUGAGACUGAGAUGUGGAAGCUAGGACUGGAUGAUGAGGAGUAG